CUGGCGGAAGUGGACGCGCGUCAUUGGCUGUUGAGCUGCUCUUCAGAGCUGGUCUCGUGCGUUCAUUCAAACGGCUGAGUUCAGGAGCGCGCGCGCAAGCAAAGGGCAAAGGGCUGAUCUCCUUCGAGCUCAAAUUCAUGUUUCAUCCGUCUAUUCAUGAUUCUGUCAACUUAAUGUAAAGACAUGACGAGACAGGAGUGAAGUAUCUGUUCUUGGCUGGAGCGUGAGGUUGGGCAGAGGAUGCUGGAGGAGAGUGAUGGAGAGUUGGAGGGGAUCGGUGGAGGAGGAGGAGAUGGGGGGCUUCAAGCAGAGGUGGAGAGGCUGGUGGCAGAACUCCAGGAAGCCAAUGAGGAGAAGUUACAGGCUGCACGGUACGGCCUGGCCGUUCUGGAGGAGAGCUCUGCACUGAAGAUCAAACACAGCCAGCUGGAGGAAGAAUAUGAAGCCCUGAAGAUGGAAGUGCAACAGCUUAGAGAGGCUCUGGCAGACUCUGUGAGCAGCCAUAAGCGUGCAGCCGCAGAUGGGGAAAGUCAAGAAGAGAGGCUCCUGCAGGAGUCGGCCACUAAAGAGGCAGCCAUGGAGAUUUGCAUGGACGAGCUGCAGGCGGAGCUUAAACAGGCCCGUGUCAUGCUGGCCAACACCUCGGCUGAAAACGAGCGACUGGCCGGCCUCUCCACCCAGCUGAAGAAGGAGUGUGAGUGCUUGGAGGUGGAGAAGAACCGAAUAAGAGAGGAGAUGAAGGAGUACAAGAUUCGAGAGGUGCAGCAGCUUCAGGAUAACAGUGAGCUGGAGGAGGAGAACAUCUCUCUGCAGAAACAAGUCUCAGUGCUUAAGGAGAACCAGGGGGAGUUUGAGUCAGUGAAGUUGGAGUUGACCCAUAAAGAUGAGGAGCUAGAGCUGAUGAGGGCACAGCUAGAAGAGGCCGGGCGUUUGAGGGAGAUUGCAGAGCGUCAGCUGGAUGAGGCACUUGAGGCCCUGAAAGAGGAGAGGGAGCAGAAGAACAGCCUGAGACGAGAGCUCACCGCCUUUACCCUCAACCCUUUUGACUCUUUUGGCCACUUAGAGCUACAGCUGGAUGACAGCCGGAAUGGAGAGAAGGACAAGGAGGGAGGAGAGGAGGAGGAGGAGAUGGACAGUGGGUAUAAUAACUCCAAAGGGAUGGAGAGAAACAGGUGCUCCACACCCAGAAACAGCGGCGUUUUCCUCAGACCUCAGGCGCCUGGGCUGGUGGCCGAUCUCCUGAGUGAGCUACACCUGUCAGACAGCCAGAAACUCAAGCAGCAGCUGCUGCAGGUGGAGAGAGAGAAAGCCACACUGAGCAGCACUGUGCAUGACCUCCAGCAGCAGUUAUCCCAGUCUAAAGAUGCUCUCAGUGAGCAACAGGUGAAGAUGGAACAGCUGAGCCAACGUUUGGAGACCCUUCAGAGUACUGCCUCGAAAAGGCCUGCUGAACGAAAGAAUGGAAUGAGCCCGUCUCCCAGGCCUCUUCAGAACCAAGAAGCCGAAAAUGGCAUCAGCUACUAUGAAGUGGAUGCCAAAAGCACAGAGGUGCUAGAGUGCCGCAUGCAAGCGGCAAAUGAGGAGCUUGUGCGUCUGCAUGAGGAGCUGAAAGAGACUGGCGAACGCUCCAAAGCCCUGGAGGAGCGCUACAAGCAGCAGAAAGAACGCUGGAGGGGUGAGGCACAGGAACUCGCUGAUAAAAUACGACAGUGUAUCGCUGCUAGCUGUCAGGAUCAGGAGCGAAUUGGACAGUUAGAACGGGAAAUUGGUGCCACACGACAGGUCGCCACUGACUCUGAAGGCCACCUCAGUGCUGCGCAGGAGGAGCUUCUGGCCUUCUCUGAGGAGCUGGCCAACCUUUACCAUCAUGUGUGUGUUUGUAACAACCUCACGCCCAGUCGCGUUACACUGGAUUACUAUCGUGAAGGAGCACAAGCGGGGAUGACGCACAACCAUUCGCAGCCGCACCACUAUCGCGGAUCCCUCCGCAGGCACAGGCGGUCGGGUGAAGUGUUGGACCUGGGCAGUGGAGGAAGCGGAGACGCAUCAUCUAGCUGCGGAAGUUGUCCAGGGUCUCCUACACUAGACUUCAGGGACCCAACCAAUGUGCGCAAUCUGGUAGCUGUCAUACGAUGCCAGAUUAAACAUUUACAGGUGGCAGUGGACCUGUGCAGGCGGCGUAACCUGUUGUCCUCUCCAGCAGCAGGAGGGAGCACUGAAGCAGACCGUGACACAGAGGCACUGAUUGAGGAGGUGCUAAAACUGAAGUCCCUCCUGAGCACCAAGAGAGAGCAGAUAGCCACGCUCAGAACUGUCCUAAAGGCCAAUAAACAGACGGCCGAGUUGGCUUUAACCAACCUGAAGACAAAGUAUGAGACUGAGAAGAGUAUGGUGACAGAGACUAUGAUGAAGCUGAGAAAUGAACUGAAGGCCCUGAAGGAGGAUGCAGCCACCUUCUCCUCCCUUCGCGUCAUGUUCGCAAGCAGCACAUUUUAUGGAGGACUGUUUCCUGAGUAA